AUGUGUCUAGUUAUCUACCAAGCAAUACCAUCAUCCAUGUUCUUGUUAUUAUUCUUUGAGCCUCUUAGUAUUGCUUUCGAAACACUACAGGGCAUUUUGGUUCAUGGAUUUCAAUUGGUUGGUAUAUGGGCUCAUCACUCACGAGGCAAAACAACAGAUUCCAAACUAUUAACGUUUAUGGAUACGUCAGCAGCACCAGGUUCACAAUUGGAAUGGGGAUGGAAGCUUGUUAUAUUUCAGCAUGUAUGCUUUUUCCUAGAUAUUAUGACGUUGUUAAUGGCUUUUGGGCACUAUGUGCAAAUAUGGCGGCUUAAUGGGAUGCCAUUCCUUAUGCUUCUCCUAUUUCUUGUUCAUUGCAUUAUUGUUGGGCCUUAAUCACCAUGUUAACCAUCAUCUAAUUAUGUUUGUAAGUUUAUUAAGGGUAGUUUAUCACAUUGUGUUUGUAAUUUUAUUUAACAUGUGAACUUGUUUAAUUAAGUUUUAUGUUUUUUUAAUUCAAGGGGUC